AUGCCCAGACCGCCUCCGUCUCCGUCUCCUCCUCCUCCUCCUCCUCCUCCCCCCGCCAGUUUCCCCUUCACCACCGGCAGCUUUGACUUUCCCCAUGCGUCGGCCUCGCCGCCAGAUGCUGCCCGCCCGCCCUCGUCGUCGGCACCACACAAUGCUCUGCACCCCGUAGCCGACGACCAGACGGCCGCGCACGAUGCGCCAUUGUCGCCGCAGCAGCCCUCCCGGCGCGUGCGCACUCGCACCUCCACCAGACGAGGCCCACUGCACCGCAUAUUCGGCCCUCCACGUGACAGCGGGGCCGCCGAUAGCCUGUCGCGGCGGCCGCCCACCGCGAAUCCCAGCCGUCCCCGUGCCACGCCGAGUGAACGCUACCUCCGCCGCUCGCAGGCCCGCAUACGAGAACAACGCGAGGCCGACAUGGAGUCGGCAAAUGACAUGCUAGACUCGCUGAGUGACGUUCCCCUCAGCAACCCCUUCACCACGCAUGCCGCCACGCACACGCGCCCCCGCAGCCCCAUCGUCCAGGUCAACAGCGAGCGCAGGCACAAGCGCCGCAAGCUGCAGCACGACACGGGGCCCGCCACCGAGUACAUGUGCUUCAAGUAUGGCCACAAGGGCCAGGUAGUACCCGGCCGCCUGCGCAUGGAGAUUGUAAGCUGCGACGGCGGCGAGCACCGCAGAGACAGCCCCCCGGGCCUGUACCGGGUCCAGAAUGUGUUGCGCAACGAUAAGAGUGUAUACUGCAGCGAGAGCUCCCAGUGCAACCUCUUGCUCAAGCACAUCGGAGAGGCCUCGUUUGCCCUUGACAAGGUUGUCAUUCGAGCACCGGACCGUGGAUUUACGGCUCCUGUCCAAGAAGGUCUCGUGUUUGUGUCCAUGUCGGCCGAUGAUCUCUUGUCCGGGACAUGUGCAUACAAUCUGCGCUAUGAUACCCAAUCUCCCCUCAUGUCGCCCACGCCCAGCUCUCUCAACGAGGACAACGAGCAGAUAUCCUUGCGAGAGGCCCUUGACGACCCUUUGGUGUGGCAGUACCCGCGCCAAGGCACCCAAGAGGAAAUGGAAGAGCGCAUUGAGAACCUCCGUCUUCGCAAUCAACGGCUCAACGCCGAAUCGGCAAACUUGAUCUCGUCGUUCCGGUCCGACUCGGACCGUCGACGGGUACUGCGUCAGAUGGUUGAGCAUGAGGACGAGGCCGACGCUGACAACUGUGAUCACAUGGCAGAGGACUCUUACAGCGGUGCUGCUGGCGUUUCGGCUCCUACUCCACCGCCGUUUACCGUAACCACGGCUGCCAGUGAUGACGACGAGUCAGAAUCCAAUGAAGAACUACCAAGCGCGGCCAUCAUGGCAGACCGUCUGCGCAGGGAGAGCCGCUGGCACCCAGACAGCGACGAUGAUGACGAUGAGACGAUACCGCGGCUGGGCUCUCUCCGGCGGGCGCCCGCGCUCGAAUACAGUGCGUACGGAGAAUGGCAGGAGCGGAGGGAACGGUAUCUGCAGCCAAUUCGAGCGUCGCGGGUGACUGCGCCCAGCCGCAUCGAGCCAGGUGAGCGUAGUGCAGACAGUGAAGCGCUGAUUGCUCCCCACGCGCGCUUCUUCAUUGCCAAGAACAAGAACAAGAUUACCAUCAAGUUCCACCCGUCCAUCUCGGGAAGAUAUAUCCUGCUCAAAUUCUGGAGCCCCAAACGAGACGGCAACAUUGACAUUGAAAGCGUUCAGUUCUACGGUUACUCGGGUCCUCGAUAUUUCCCGGCCGUUCAGCCGCGGUGAAGGGCAGCCCGACAUGGUGUCAUGUACAAUAGGACAUGUGGGGUGUCGAGAUUGGUUUUGGUUGGAGACUGAUUAGGCAAUUAUGCCAAUGAAAAGGGGGCGUGUGCGGUCUUGUGAGGACGUAUUGCACAGAAAGCAUGUAUAGUCUGUACGUGCACCCAUGUAUGACAAUGAUACCCAGAUAUAGAGCACAUGACUGUAUGGUUGAAACAAAGAGAACAACCAGCGCCCAGGAAGGCGGGUUGUUGUGGUGGUUGUCGAGCAGUACAUGUACUAGCUUGUCAAGACGAAGAUUACAAGGCAAGCUUGCGUGUUUUUUGUGGCGGGCGGGUGUGUCUAGGUGUAGG